GGUCGGCGGGGAGGGAGUCGGCGUCGGGCGUGUGUCGUGCUCGUGGUGGUGAGUGGAGAGGAGAAUGAAGGAGACACGACAACAACGCGUUGGCAGACAAUCGCAACUCGCGGGUGGAGACGUUCUGCUGGCCCUUGCAUGGCCGUUGUUGUCGAUCAUCAUGGGGGCGGAAAGGGCAUUGGGCAGACGCAAAUGGCAGGUCCGGUCCGCUCUCCGCUCUCCGCAAGACGACAUGGCGCAAGGCGCAAAGCUAGCCAGCUAUUCUUAGCAUGUGCAAAAA